CAGGAGCAAGAUUUUAGUAGCUGCGCCUGAAAUAAUAGAGAAAAGUAGCCGACAGCACUUCGGCUAGCGGCAGCAGUGCGCGGAUCCCUAUCUUGCAAAUCAAAUGAAUUAACCUUCCGAAAAUACACAAAUUGGGGUCGAAGAAGAAUUGUGACCUUUCUGGCAAAAUGAAUCUUCUCCUAGUUGCCUCCAAAGAAAUGUGAAUGUGAAUUUCAUUUACUCGCAGACGCAUAUACAUUUGUUUUGUCCUCUGGACUCAUUUGUCUCACCAACAACCAUGUCUAUAAGUUACCUUUUUCGAAGAUUCAUCUGAGUAGAGUUUUACCUCGUAGGCCCUGCAGUAAUUUAGAAGUACGCUCUACCAAGUUUUUCUCGCUUGUGCGAGGCUAUUUUCAGUUUUGAAUAUUUGUGUACAAUUCCACGCGUAGUCGUACUUUAGUUUUUCAACAAAUAGUAAUAGCCCUUGUGCCUUAAUAACAGUGCCUAUUAGUUGGCCGCGACAAGUCAUCCCAGUUGUUUGAGUAAUAUUCUGCUGUCAGUUUUCCGCCUAGCUGAAUUUCCCCAUGUCCAACUCAGAGGAAGCCAGGGGUGGUAUACAACGGCCAAGGGACGAUGGGGGAAUUAGGAACCAAAAUUUCAAUGACGAAAUCGAUGAAGAUAGCUCUGCGCGUGAGCAGUUGCUAUCUCCGUCGGGGGGCUCGUCAGAGCGACGGGCAGCCCUGCGUGCGACACCUCAUGGGGCGGCAGAAGUAGUAGAAGAAGACGAAAAAGAAUCCUUAAUUCCAGGUGAGCCGCCGCUUACCGUGCGCCGUCAGAAGUUUGGCUGCGUGGAGAUUUUUCUGCGCAAUGCCACGGUUCCCAGACUUCUGUGGCUGCUUUUCGCAGUCCUGGGGUACAUCAUCUUUUACUGCAUGCAAGACAACACCCCGUACGAAGAUGGAUCCCGGCCCCUCGAUUUGUACAUCAACACCGGGGAGAAAGAGUACUUCACAGUUGCUUUUCAGUUUUUCAUUUCAAUACGUAUGCGACAUGAAAAAUCGAUGGGUGUAGUAGCAUGGUAGGACACGAAAUAUGCAACAAGGAAGCUUCUUCUGCAGUCUGUCACCAGACCGCAAGUAUCAAAGAAUGUCAUCAAUUACUUACUUAUUAAUUUCGUGAUUCAAAGUGUGACGAAAAAAAAAAAAUGCAGUUCCGACGGAGACUUAAUCUGGAAGCCGAAUUUGGCCCACAACCCGCUCUACAAAUGGCUGGUGAUGAGCAGCAUCAUUCUUCUGAUCCUCCUUAUGCUCGAGGACAUGAACGUAGGGCUCGCCAUGUUUCUCGUCGCUUUUAAACUUUACAUGUUCGGCUGCGUCCCCUCCUGUUCGGCGUUUUGGGCCGGAAUGACUUCGUCCGCCGUCAUCCUCUACGCUGCGCUCUUCGUCAUUGCCUGCGCUUUCGCCGAGACACAAGUCCUGGAAAAGGUGCAAUAAUGUCGUCUUUGCUUCUUUGUACAACUGUUACACGUACUAAACAUGAAAUAUGGAUAUGCUGUUCAGGGCCAGCAGCAGCUGGCGCGCUUUAUGAUUUUUACCAUUUUAUUGCCCACCCUUGUUCUUACACUUACUUUCAUACCUUCUAUAUACACAGGCGAUAGGGAGGCUCGUGGGGCGACCCCUGAGUAUCGUGGGAAUGCUGCGGUUGCUGGCCCCGAUAAUGGUGCUCUCGGCGGUGUUGAACAACGGGCCGUGCACCGCCAUCGGGAUCCCGAUCGCCAUCUCCGUCGCGGAUCGGGUCGGCGUCUACCUGCCUUCGGUGUUCAUCAUGGCGGUGCCCUUUGCGGCAACGCUGGGUGGGAGCAUUACCACGAUCGGGAGUAGCCCGAACUUCGCCGCGCAAGAAUUCGUGAACGACCGGCGCGUCGACUCCGGCGGGUACUGGAAGUGCCUUGCCGUUGAAAGCCUGAUUGCGUUCCGCGGGCGCGAAACAACGCGCGAGGACCCGGGCAACGGAAAAACGGUGCUGUAUUGGGACAAGGUCCCGGAGAAGUUGCAGCCCACCUUCACCGCGCUCGCGAUGGCGGAGCACCCGUCCUACCCCCUCGGCCUGGCCACCACGCUGGUUGACGCCUUCCAGAAGCACGAAAACGCGCAGUAUUCGAAUUGCAACGUCAUGACGGGCUCCGAGCUGAUCCCCACCACGAAAAAGCAGAAGCUGCCCAUCCGGACCGACCUACCCCUACCGGUCGAGAAAGCAAUGAAGCUGUGCUACCAGCUGGAGCUCUGCAUCGGGUUCUACCUGCCCGACCCGAGCCAGCCGGCACCCGCCGGGCAGAUCGCGGGGGGGCCCGCGACGCUGUGCAAAGUGGAAAAUUUGUCGGACAUCGAGAACAUCAUCACCUACGACCGACAAUCGGACCAGGAGCACCAGCUUCCCGAGGCGAAACUGGACACCGCGACGGCAUUUGGCAUGCUGGCCUACUCGAAGCUGUUCCGGUACGGGGACGACGGUAAGCCGGUCGUGCGCAUAAAGCAGUGGUCGAAGGCCGACACCAAGAACGCGUGGGAGCGGCUCGAGGAGGGGCUCUUGGCGCAGGGCCAACCCGGCGAGGCCCUGCUGGCGAGUAUCAAGAGCAAUUGCGACUUUCAAGUCGUGCAGCCGGUGUUUUUGUUCACCGGACUCUUUGCCGCGGCCUUUGGUACGGGAGGGCUGCUGUUCACCAUGUGGGCUUUGAGCAAGAUGUACCCAAAGGAACCCGAGGCGGGCGAGGCCAACAUGAUCAGUUCUUCGUAUGAAGACGAGGACGAAGAUCUGCAGUCCGGAAGCGAAAUCGAGAUGUCCGACGUCAAAAAGGAUCUUCAAGGUUCUCAGGGAGAUCGCCAACUACUACAAGAUGAAAAUAUUAACGAGGAGCGCGACGUCGACGGGAGCAGAAUAAAUCGGGAGCGGAGCACGCCGGAGGAAGACCCGGAGACGCAGCUGCGGAUCGGCGCAGGAGCGGAAUACGAGGUGGAACUCCGGAUCACGAAAGACAUGAUCACGAACGAACCGUUCUCGCAGUCCGCGCUGAGGUUUUUUAAGGGCGUCAAGAUUAUAGGCUACAACGGACACAGAAAUUUCAGCAGAAGGAAAACCAUCAUCACCGUCGACGACGUGAUCCGGGUGCGCGCACGGGCAGACGGAAUCGCGCGCUUGCGCCGCCAGAUGCCCGGCCUCGUCCCCAGUUCCAAGUUGUACGACUUGCUAGGCAGAUCGAGGAAAAGCAGGUAUUAAAUACUGCACUUAUGGUUUGUUUCAAGAAUGUGAAUGAGUUAUAGAAACUUUCAUUUUGAUGUACCGGUAGGUAGGAGAAGAAAACCAACAGCAUCGAAUUUUUUUUCAUCAUGAUGCGUAAAAAUUAAAAUACAGGUUGCUUUACCAGAUUUCGUUGGACGAAGUGUCCUACGACGAGAUCGACGAUCAGCGGUUCUUUACUGAGUUUGACGCCGUCGUGCUGGGCCGGGACCCCAUGACGCAGAUGGUGCUCGUCGAAGGUUUCCCCGAACUGGGCAAAAACACGAUGGACUUCCAGCUGGUGACACCGGUCCCUAAUAGCACACCUCCUCGCAGCACGGGCACCUUGGACAAUCUACGCGGAUACACCAUUCUCUUCCUGUUUCUCCUCGUUGUGGUCUUGAAUGUGAUCGGGAGCCUCGUAAAGCCGCUGAAGACAUUCAAAGACGAUUUCAACAUGUACCUCUGGCUGGUCGCACUGGUAUGAAAUUUUGUUGCGAUAUUUUCAUCUGCUUUUUGUUUAUAAAGUACUUUUGUUUGCGUUGCUGAAGAAGCGUGUUUUCAAUAUCGUUUCGAGAGCACGCACUCUGUAUCUAUCAGGCCACAAGUCGUGACAACUCACGUACUACGUAACACUCAUCCUUCGGAAAAAACAGAUCGCGAUCUUCAUCCGGGCUGUCACCUUCAAGCAGGCGCUGGCAUCGCAGAACGGCGGUACGCUGAUGCUUUUUGCGUUCGCAGGCCCGGUUGCGGCUGCGAUGACGCUGACGGGCGUGAGCGAUCUGAUUGCCGACAUGAUAUUGAAAAUGAGCGGCGGGAGCCAGGCGUGGGCGGUGGCGCUGAUCUACGUGAUGGUGGCCCUUCUGACGCAGUUUGUGGAUAAUCGUACACUGGUGACCAUGCUGAUGCUGCCGGUUAUGGCAGUGGGGCUCGAAAUGCGGAUGCCCGUCAUCCCCUUGAUGACACUGCUGGUGAACGCGGCCGUCGCCAACUUCAUGUCACCAAUCGGGUGCUCCCACAACCAGUUCGCCACAAUGGCGGCAAAUUACUCUUUCACGGACUUUGUCAAGGCAGGAUGGGGAUUGCAGCUGCUCCACGGGAUUGCAGUCACCAUGUUCAUCAUUAUCUGGAUCAACGGCAACGAUACCGCGCAGGAGAUUCCGUUCUGGAACUAG